AAUUAAACACUUGGAGAUAUUCCUUGAGGAAUGAAACGCCUCAUGAGCAGGCAUACAGUGAGGGAAACACUGGGUACAGUGUUUCAGAGAAUGUCAGUGGAAGCAGGGGUUAUUAAAUGCAAAGCAGCUGUGCUUUGGGAGCAGAAGCAACCCUUCUCCAUUGAGGAAAUAGAAGUUGCCCCACCAAAGACCAAAGAAGUUCGCAUUAAGAUUUUGGCCACAGGAAUCUGUCGCACAGAUGACCAUGUGAUAAAAGGAACAAUGGUGUCUAAGUUUCCAGUGAUUGUGGGACAUGAGGCAACUGGGAUUGUAGAGAGCAUUGGAGAAGGAGUGACUACAGUACAACCAGGUGACAAAGUCAUCCCUCUCUUUCUGCCACAAUGUAGAGAAUGCAAUGCUUGCCGCAACCCAGAUGGCAACCUUUGCAUUAGGAGCGAUAUUACUGGUCGUGGAGUACUGGCUGAUGGCACCACCAGAUUUACAUGCAAGGGCAAACCAGUCUAUCACUUCAUGAACACUAGUACAUUUACUGAGUACACAGUGGUGGAUGAAUCUUCGGUUGCUAAGAUUGAUGACGCAGCUCCCCCUGAGAAAGUCUGUUUAAUUGGCUGUGGGUUUUCCACUGGAUAUGGGGCUGCUGUUAAAACUGGCAAGGUCAAACCUGGUUCCACUUGCGUCGUCUUUGGCCUGGGAGGAGUUGGCCUGUCAGUCAUCAUGGGCUGUAAGUCAGCUGGUGCAUCUAGGAUCAUUGGGAUUGACCUCAACAAAGACAAAUUUGAGAAGGCCAUGGCUGUAGGUGCCACUGAGUGUAUCAGCCCCAAGGACUCUACCAAACCCAUCAGUGAGGUGCUGUCAGAAAUGACAGGCAACAAUGUGGGGUACACCUUUGAAGUUAUUGGGCGUCUUGAAACCAUGAUUGAUGCUCUGGCAUCCUGCCAUAUGAACUAUGGGACCAGCGUGGUAGUAGGAGCUCCUCCAUCAGCCAAGAUGCUCACCUACGACCCGAUGUUGCUCUUCACUGGACGCACGUGGAAGGGAUGUGUCUUUGGAGGUUUGAAAAGCAGAGAUGAUGUCCCAAAACUAGUGACUGAGUUCCUGGCAAAGAAAUUUGACCUGGACCAGUUGAUAACUCAUGUUUUACCAUUUAAAAAAAUCAAUGAAGGAUUUGAGCUACUCAAUUCAGGACAAAGCAUUCGAACUGUCCUGAUGUUUUGAGAUCCAAAGUGGCAGGAGGUCUGUGUUGUCAUGGUGAACUGGAGUUUCUCUUUUGACAGUUCCCUCAUCUGAAAUCAUGUAUCUGUCUCACAAAUACAAGCAUAAGUAGAAGAUUUGUUGAAGACAUAGAACCCUUAUAAAGGAUUAUUAACCUUUAUAAACAUUUAAAGUCUUGUGAGCAUCUGGGAAUUAGUAUAAUAGCAAUGCUAAUAUUUUUAAUUUACAUUUUGUAAGGCUAUAAUUGUAUCUUUUAAAAAAACAUAGACUUGGAUUUCUACAUUGUAAUGGAGAUUUUUAAGAGCUUUAACCAGCUGCUGCAGAUACAUAUCUCAAAACAGAUAUAGCAUAUAAAGAUACAGUAAAUGCAUCUCCUAGAGUAAUAUUCACUUAACACAUUGAAAUUAUUAUUUUUUAGAUUUGAAUAUAAGUGUACUUUUUAAACACUUGUUAUGAGUUAACUUGGAUUAGGUUUUGAAAUCAGUUCAUUCUAUGAUACAUAUUACUUGAUUAGAUUAAGAAAGGCAGAAAAGAUUAAGGGAAGGGCACAUUUUUCACAGAUUAAGAAUCAUCAUUACAUAACUUGAUGAAACUGAAAAAGUAUAUCAUAUGUGUAUUUGAGGUUAUUUGCUGGCAUAUAUUAAUAUUUUAGAAAAUAUUCCUUUUUGUAAUACCAAAUAUAAACAUAGAGCUAGAAUCACAUUAUCAUAUUUAUCAUAAUGUUCAAUUUGAUACAGUAGAAUUGCAAGCUCCUAAGUCCCUAUUCACAGUGCUUAGUAGUGACUCCAUUUAAUAAAGUGUUUUUAGUUUUUCACAACUACACUGAUGUAUUUAUAUAUAUCUAUAACAUGUU